AUGGGCCAGAAUACUAGCGCACAAACACGACACAAAUUGGGCAAUCAAGACACUUUUGUGAUCCCUAUGGGAUAUGAUGCUGGCCAAUCAAUUAUAGCUUUACUCGUUGCGAGGUGUACCCAAAUGCCAUUGUUUCAAUGCAGAAUCUCAGAAGUGGGAUGCGUAGGUCUGUGCAUGAGCUCACCGGAGCUGCGGCUGCAAUUACCUUAA